AUGGAUGACGCACAAGAGGACCCAGGGACUGUCGCAGGAGUGCCGAAGGAAACUACUACCAAGGUCAAGAGGACAUACGGAAGGAAGAAGGAGUCUACUGACGCGUCUGGUGAAUCAUCAUUUGCCCAAACAUCGUCUCGGACGCGCUUUGAGUCGCUUGACGAAGGUGGAAUAACGGAGGGCGCGCGCUUCUCCAAGUUCUUGCAAAAUGACGCGUCGGACGCGUUUGGUUGGAGAGAAAAACUCGCUUUAAUCGACAAGCAGUUUGACGAGAAGGAAUCGGAAGCAACGAGUAAACUCACUGACGAACUCACAGACGACCGCACAAACAGGGAUAAUAGCUCUGCAAAAUCAGUAUCUACUGAAGACGAUUCCGUCGGAUUACAUGAUGAGUCGCUUUUAUCUGGUUCAAUUCAUCCACCAUCGUCACAAUCCGACCCCCCUUCGUCUGGCUCUAUUGAAGCCGACAACGCGAAACUAAAAUCAAGUAGCACCAACGCUACCACGACCGAGCUUGAAAAGACUACUGAAGAAUUCCCGGCAAUGACGGUUUCGGACGAACAUCAAAAGGCACAAAAUGCUUUAUCUGUUUUCCAAGACGAUGAUGAUUCUAGUGACGCACUAGAUGAACCUGCUCUUCGACGGAAACAGCCCAAAGCUGCCGCAAAGAAACCUAAGGAGAAAGCGAACAAGAUAAAGAAACUGAGCAAGAAAGAGGAGAACGAAUCCAAAAAAGCACACGCCCGUAUUAUGGCAGACCAGAGAGUGUCCAUAACCAAGCGGGCAGAACAAUAUACUGUCGAGCAUUUAUUGAGAAGCGUUCGACAAAAACAGGACAAGUCUGAAGUUAAGCCAAGCUGUGUUUCGUCUGAUCCCAUUCAGGACUUCACCUCAUCGCCUAAGCUGAAUUCCAGGGGCACCUCUACAGAACGAGAGCCGAAAGCGGGACCAUCCAAUCUCCGUGAGACCUCGGAUAGUGACAUGCCUGACACGCAUGGGUCUCUCGAUGCAAGGCUUGGAGAGACGCUGAAGGGAGAAGACACUCAGCGCAAGAAAAACUUGAUUGCAGCAAAGCGUCUUGCGCUUGAGUCAUCGAAGGCUCAUGCAAUUUCGGACGAGUCUGAUUCUGAUGAUCUCGAGGUAGUGGAAACAGGUCAUGAUGGUAUCGCAAAGCAGCUGAUGGUCUCGAGUACCUAUGAGAAGAAACUUGCCGGUGUAGCCGGCUUUCGCGCAGGCUCGAGUAGGCAUUCUCUGUCCAAACAGCUAGAAGGUAGUCAGGGUGAUAGAAUGCUGACACUGGCGGCUAAAUCGACGUUCGCUGACAGAGACUCGCGGCGACACAACAAUGCUCUGGGUCAUCGAGAUUUGCAGGCUGCUAUUCUCAAUAAGGCUGCCAAGCAAAGUAUGCAAAUGACAAAGGAGAAAGAGGAGGAAUGGAAGAGACGUGGAGGAAAGCUUUCUGGCAAACUACGCGCUGCUGCUGCUGCUGCUAAUCAGUCACUUUCUCUUGACCGCCUUGUUGACGAGAUAACUUCGAGACAACGAAACUCCGCGGAGAAUGAUCAAGCGGAAGUCGUCGACGGCGGUAGUUCAGACGCGGAAUACGACAGCGACGGGGAAUGGAUGCCUGAUGAUCGUGGUUCUGCAAGCCCUGUGCGACACCAGACCAUGGAUGACUCCGGAGAAGAUGAACUUGGCGGUUCGGGCCGCGAUCUGGGUGACUCGGAUGUCGAGGGCGAGAAGAUCCUUGUGAAGCUGGAACAACAAAUCGAUACCGAUGAAGAUGAAACGAGCCGGCCACCUCGUCCGUCACGACGUUCGGCGGGCAUGCUAGUAGUCACGGACUCUGAUGGCGAGGAGACUCGCACCCUCCCUUCAAAGGGACGGGUCCUCGUGCCGGAUACGUCUGUAAUUAUCGGUGAUCGAGGCCGGGCGAGUGUGGUCUCUUCAGAGGGUGGACCGGAAGAAUGGAACAAGGAAAAUGAGAUCACCAUGCCCGUUGAUAGUGGUGACGAUAAGGAAAACGUUAUGGUUAUUUCUCCGACCGCACGUAAUAGAACACAAGUUCCACGGAGCCGGUCACCCAGAGGAAUCAAUCGCACUAAUGAGGGAGCUCAGCGAGUGUCUUCGCCUCCCGGUGUAGACGCGGAACAUGGUGCUUCUCGAAGCGCUCGUGUGCCUCUGCAGGCAAGAAGAAUGAGCAGUUUUGACGAUCCAUUUCUCUCGCGUUCUCCGUCCUUGGGUACAAGUUUUGGGACACCGAAGUCGAACGGAGCACUGUCCGCCGUCGCAAGCCCAGUUUCCCUUCGACCAGCGUUCGACGGAAAUUCCGGGGGCUUUACUCAAUUCUUCAACGAUGAAGAAGGGUUCACACCCUCUAAUAUGGAUUCGCACACUAAAGGAGUUCUUCAACCGGCGUUUCGCCUUCAAGUGGGUAAUGACGCAGAGGAUUCACCAUUCAACUUUUCACCUGAUCCGAAGUCAGUGAAGUUGAAUGCUCCAUUCACCAGAAGAGAGGAUUCUGAUUUCCUGAACCGCUCGAAGCACCUGACGAAUGACGAUGAGCUCUCCCUUACCCUCGACACAUCAAGGCUUCAGCCAGCGCUCGACGUUGCGACCCAAGUCCGUCGGAAGGCAGACGCAGUUUUCGAGAAGGAGCAAGAAUUCGUUAUUGAGGAAGCUGGUAAAAACACUGCGUCUUCUCGGGGUAAACAAGAGCUUUAUAUCUCUGAGAACGGAUUGUUGACACAAACCAGACCAGACGGCUCAACUCCAAUUGUGUAUCGGUCUGGUGUGCUACCGCAAACGUCAGAUCUUGUCGGUUCUAAGAUUCCGACCCCACCCACAACAACCCAGCGGUUGCCCCUAAGUACUCUCUCACUCGCGACGGAGUCUGUUAGCCCGUCGAAAAGACUAACUCGUCUAGCCAAGGGCAAGGCUAGGGCGUCAUUGUCCGAUGACGAGAAUGACUUACCUGCUAAUGCAUUCACCAGACUGCUAGCAGGAGCAAAGCAGCAACAAAACAGAGAGAAAAAGCGUCUUGGUAAAUCACUUUUCGUAGAAGGCGAGGCGCAAGAGUCCGAUGAGGACGAAAUGUUUGGAUUCGGAGCCCCCAAGGCGAAGGAUGAUGAAGAGGAAAGUGAAAAUGAGGAUCCCGAUGCAGUUGUCGAGAAUCUUGUUGACGAUGCUACGAUGGAUGCGGAGCAACUGGCGGAGGAAAGGGUACUAGAGAAAGUCAAAGAUCAACUUGAAGAAGAAGAUGCCGCUCUAGAAAAGUACCAUCAAGCAGCAAUUGAGGGUAAAUAUCGUGGCAAACGGCGGGGCGGUGGGAUCGCCAUGGAUGAUAGUGAAUCGGAUGAGGACGAAGAUGAAGAGGCGCGCAGACUCCGAAGGAGGAUGCAUAAGAAGCGCAGAAUUCAGGGCGAUAAACUCGAGGAUCUUGGCAAGGAUGAGAAAUCUCGUGCUUUCUAUGAUGCUUAUCAACGUGAUAUCUUAGAGGAUGAUAGCGAGGACUUCGCGCAUCUGGCAAGUGACGACAUGGAUGUAGAGGACGAAAACGGCGAGGAAGAAGAGCCUGAGACUGUUACAACAUCAGAGAUACAAGCACAACUGCGCGAAGUUGCACGUCAACAGAAGGGAAAGGCAAAGGAAACUCGUUUCUUUGACGCCGCAGACGUCGAAUGGGCUGUAUCUCAAAGGAGCAGCGAUGAUGAAUUCGAUGUAAGGGAAAUUGAGGACCAGCCGAAGAAAGCUCCGCGCAAACGUCCGGUCUUUGGACAAGCAGAUGUCCCCGAUCUCGAUGAUUCACUUCUUCGAAUGCCAAAGAAAAUCAGUGAUGAGCAAGCCGCUCAGCUCGCUGCGUGGAGAAAAGAGCAGAGCGGGCGUAACUUGGGAACUGGAGGGAUGAGAGGUGCAGUCACUGGUACAAGUCAUGGUUCUAGGUCCGCAGGGCGUAAAGGUACAUCCAUGUCAAAGAAGGUAGCAGGUGAUAGUCAGGAAGAUCAAGGGCGUCGGAAAGUGAAGAAGACGGCAAGUGUCCUCGCAUCCGUAUCUGAUAGGAGGAGCGGGUUUGGACUUUAG